AUGCCGCCGAGUCCACCAAGAGAUCCUGUCGCUCACCCGGCGCACAAUUUCGUGCAGUCGCAAGCCAAAACCACCGAAUUGCUUCCACCACCCUCGCCGCGUACCCAUCGCCUUCGCAAAUUGCAAUCCGCGCAUAACCUUGGCUCCAAAGCUGCCCUUCAGCUUCAGCCCCUUCAUCAACCCUCUUUGAUCGCGCAGCAGCGCUUGACACAGAUCACACAGAGAAACAUAUCUCCUACGCGGCGCGACCCGAGUUCCUCUUCCACAAUGACACGACACACGCGAGGACGAUCCAACAGCGAUGCGCCAGCGCCAGUCGUUCAUCACAUGAAUGCCCUGGCUACCAGCAAGCGCAGCAUGAUGGGCAUCAGCCCCAAGUACGCAACGAUGUCUCUACAGCAACUUAUAAAAGAGGGCCCUCCCGAGGGAGAGACUGUUGAGGCUUUGGGCAUGGCUCGUCGCAAGAUUUUGAGCGAGGGUAUCAAGAGCGAUAGCGACGGCAUGUCAACCUUGCGCAUAUAUGUCUGGCUAAUCCUGUUGGAUACUCCUGUCCUCCCGACCGAUGACUACCUGGGCCUGAUUCACCGUGGAGCAUCCCCGGCCUACUCCAAAAUUCGCAACGACACCUUUCGUACCCUCACCACUGAUCCUUUGUUCAGGAGACGUGUGAGCGAGGCCAGCCUGAUCCGUCUUCUCAAUGCCGUAGCUUGGCGUCUACAUGAUGCGCGGGAGGAACAGCGAAGGGAGCGACCCAGUACCGGCAGAAGCUCUACAUCACAAGACAGCUCGACAUCGACGUCAACAGCCACAGCCUACUCGCAAGAUCCGGCGUUUUCACCGGGUGCCAGAAACCGCGCCAGGGCUCUGACCUUGACGACAGAGGGCUCUGAAUCCAGUCAUGCUGCGGAACCAGGAACCUACGUACAAGGCAUGAACGUGCUGGCGGCGCCAUUUCUGUACGCAGCAAGGAGCGAAUCCGAGGCCUUCGUCGCUUUCUACACAUUGCUUACACGCGAAUGCCCUGGCUACAUCCGCGGUGCUAUGGACGGCGUACACAAGGGCCUGGCUCUGGUUGACAAGGUCCUUGCGACAGUCGACUCGAAGCUGAGCAGCUAUCUGCACUCCAAAGGUCUUGCGGCUGAGAUCUACGCCUUCCCCUCGGUCCUGACGUUAUGCGCCUGCACGCCUCCGCUUCCCGAGGUCCUCAGACUUUGGGACUUCCUCUUUGCCUACGGGCCCCAUCUGAACAUCCUCUGUAUCGUAGCUCAGUUGAUGGGCAUGCGGGAUCAGCUGAUGAGCUCACCAAGCCCCAAUAAGCUCUUGCGUUCUUUCCCUUCGCUGCAAGCAGACAGGGUCAUUGAGCGGACGCUGUGGAUAAUAGAAAGAAUCCCAGAUGACACCUACGUGGCCAUAGUUGCACACGCCCACUGA